GUGAAGCUGGUGAUAUCACUUGUGAUAUUAUUGAUAACGUUGAAGCUUCCAUGAUUUAUAGAGAUAGGAUCUCUGUGGAUCGUGAUGGGUUUAGGCAGUUUAAGAAGAAUCCUUGUUGGUUUAAUGGUGAGGCUAAGAAACCUGGUGAGACUAUUUCUAAAGGGCAUAAGAAAUAUGAUUUGAUGCUCAAUUUGCAAUUAGGAAUCAGGUAUUCUGUGGGCAAACAUGCUUCCAUUGUUCGUGAUCUUAAACAGACUGAUUU